AUGGCUGCGCCGAACCAAUUUUUCUCUCUCAACUUCAACGGCGCUGAUCCCGCCUCUCCGUUCACAUGCCCCCAUUGUCAGCAUGAAAACCCAGUUGACGCAUCUAUGUGCAAGGGACACAAAAGAGGAAAACCCUGCUGUUGGGUUGUCCCCAUCGUAUCCCAAGCUCAUGGUAACGAUGAAGAUGGAACCAGCGAUGCAAACGGUGGCAAGUCUUGA